ACUUGAAAACCAGACAAGAAGUCCAACAAAUACUUACAAAAUGGAUCAAAGAAGCUUUAUCUCUAGAUUAUCACGUGGCCGUAAUAGGAGAUUUCAAUGCUGACAUGGACCGUCAACAUAACCCGACAAAUACACUCAAAUACUUUGACACAUUGCUUAGAAUGUCUAUGUUCAAUGCCUUCACCCUCAAACAUGACUGUGCAAGAAUCCGCUUUCCUUC